AGGUGGCGCGGACAUCCUGAAGUGGAGAGGCUGGGUCCUUCCUCUCGAGCGACGGUGGAGAGAGAGAGAGAGAGAGAGGGGGGGCCGCCGCCGUCGUCGCCACCACCACCACCGCCGUUGCCACUAAUCCGCCUGGCCUUCGCGCUAGCCUUCUCCACCGUCGCCGCCAUCACCGGAUCGUGACGACGGUGCCGCGCCCCUCCACCACUGUUCCGGCCCCUCACACCACCACCUCCGCUCCAGCGCGCACACUCCCGCCCGUCGCCGCCGUCGCCAAGCCCGACCCCUCUCUUCCUCUCGCAUGCAACGCCGGCCCCCAGGAGGGAGAGGGAGAGGGGGCCGCCACCGUCGCCGCCACCACUCCACCCGGCCUUCGCGCCGGUCUUCUCCACCGCCGCCGCCAUCACUGGAUCUGGAUGAGAAGAGGAGGAGGGACGGCCGCAGUCCACUGCUACCGACGCGCACGCGCCCCCCGGUGCCGCCCAAGCCGUCGCCCCAUCGGUCAAUGAAAAAAAGAGCCCACAUGCCAGUCCUGAUCUGACUGAGCUCACGAUGGCCCACUGUCAGCUAUCUAUUUCUCACCAUCCUCAGUUGAGUUAGCAGUGUUGACCACGGUCAAGGUGCCACGUCAUCGGAUACCGCCCACAAUACUGCCUUCGGAGUCGAUUUGUACCGGUUUUACUAAAUGGGGGAGUCGUCUUACCCGGUUUUCUAGUUAAGGGUCACGAAUUAGAUUCGGUGAACAAUUAAGGGAGUCUAAGUGGACUUUUUCCUUACUGCUUAAUUAUACUCACGGCCCAUUUCCAAAAAGUUGCGCUCUUUUGGGCCAGAGGCCUAUUCCCACUUGACUUCCGCUCCUCUUCCUCCAGCUUCGAGAGAAAUCUCCGAACCCGCCGCGGCGCACACCGGAAUCCACCGCCGACGCUCCGGCGCCACCGAGGGAGGGGGUGAGGAACGCGGGGGAGAAGCGUCGUAGGCGAGGUGCCGGCGAUGGAGAGGGAAGUCGUGGUCUCCGAGGACGCGGCCGCCUCCUCCUCCUCCUCCUCCUCCUCCGCCGCCGCCGCCUCGUUCUCCCUCGCGGAAACCAGGGUCAUCUGCCGCGUGUGCCAGAAGCAGUUCGCGCAGUACACUUGCCCCCGUUGUAACGCCCGGUACUGCUCGCUCCCGUGCUACAAGGGGCAUAGUGUUCAGUGCACUGAAUCCUUCAUGCGUGAGAAUGUUAUGGAUGAGCUUAAGCAGAUGCAACCUGAAGAUGAAUCAAAGAAGAAGAUGUUAGACAUACUUAAAAGGUUCCACUUGGAAGAAGAAGAUAUGGAUUCAGAAGGCGAAGAUGAGUCAAUUCUGUCAGAGGAGCUUAUUCAAAAAGUUAUGUCUGGAGAUGAGAUCAAGCUUGAAGACCUCUCUGAUGAUGAAAUCAAACGAUUUCGUCAAGCUCUGGCUUCAGGUGAACUCAGCAAGAUGAUCGAGCCAUGGACACCAUGGUGGAAAAAACCUUCCGCUAGAUCGAUUUCCCUCAGUCCAGAUGGAAGCCAGCUUAUCAGACAAGUGAGUGUAGAAGACACUGAUACGUCAGAUCCAAUGGCUGACCCAGAGUCUAGCAUCAGUGAAAUCCCAGAAGGGCCAGAAUCUGCUCUCCCGUCACUCGAACAGCUAACCAGAGCGGAGCCAUCUCCGCUGCUUGCGGUUCACUUGGUUGAUAUACUGUACAGUUACUGCUUCACACUUCGCCUCCACAAUGGCGAUUGGCGCUCUGAUCCUUUUGGUGCCUCUACUGUUGCGUUGUCUGUGUCAAAAGUCAUGGGGGAGGAUGCUAAACCUGAGACAGUAUCUGAAGCCCUCACGGCAUGUAUAGAGGAGACAUGCUCACCGGCUUACAGGCACACCGGAGGUUUCAGGUUUGCUAUAGCUCUCGUGGAUGAUAUCAUCAGCCUUCUCACGUUAGGAGGCAAUGCGCUUGUUUGUGCCCUCUGUGACUUCCGCAGGCUCAUUCAUAUCGGUGAGAGGAUGCUCAAGGCAGAGAAAUUGGGCAAGGCGGAGCGAUCACGGAGCACCCAAAAGCUUCGUGCCGCAGAUAGGAAGUUGUACUUCAUGACAUGCUGGGUUCAUGAGCAACCAAAUGAGGCAUGGUCGUCUUUAGCUCGCCUCGUUGAGGUGCAGAAAGCAUCUCUGGAGGAGUUGGAUUGCGGGAGUCAAUUUCAAAGGGCUGGUAGAAAGAACGAUGCCCAAUCCAAGGUUCUUAUUGAGGAGAUUUGAGCGUGAGAAUGUAUUGAUGCAAGUGAUACUCAUAAUCUUCUUACCCCUAUAUCAGCUGUAUCAUGUAUGGCUGUAUAAUCUUUGUUGUAAAGAACUUCGGAUGUUACUUCCCCAUGAGUUUCUGAUGUCAAAUCUGAUAUGUUAAAGGAGUUGUAUGCAAUUCUGAAAUCCUGAUAUGAAAGCCAUAUUGGCAGAAUUCAGAUGCCAAAUUCUGCAA